CUAGGAUGGCGUCCGUGGUGUUGCGGCAAUUUCGAAGGGAGUAGCGAGUUUUGAAAAUUUUGACAACGAGCGAGAUAAUGGCAGAUAAUCAGCAGAGCCGCUUCGAGAAAUCCCUCGGACUGCUGACCACCCGUUUCGUCGGUUUGCUGCAGAAAGCGAAGAACGGCGUGCUGGAUUUGAAAGUCGCUGCGGACAUCUUGGAGGUGCGACAAAAACGGCGCAUUUACGACAUCACAAACGUUCUCGAAGGUAUCGGCCUCAUAGAGAAGAAAAGUAAGAACAGCAUCCAAUGGAAGGGUGCAGGACCUGGUUGCAAUACUCAAGAACUUGGAGAAAAGCUGACAGAUCUAAAGGAGGAAAUUACGCAACUUGAGGAUCAUGAACUGAUGCUUGAUACUCACACUCGGUGGAUACAGCAAAGCAUAAAGAAUAUAGAAAACGAUUUGAUAAAUAGGAAAUAUGCAUACAUCACUUAUGAGGAUGUGAAGGAGACGUUUUUAGAUCAAUUUGUAUUAGGAAUCCAAGCUCCCGGAGAUACAGAAUUAUCAGUACCAAAUGUUCUCAAGUCCGUUGUACAAGAUGAAACCGUAAUAAACUACAACAUGUAUCUGAAGAGCAAUUCUGGAGAAAUUAAAGUGUAUACGGUCCAACCAGAAUUAGCCAAAAAUUAUGAUAAUAAAUUGUUAGAAAUGAGAUUACAAGAAGAAUCAAAGGGCAAAAAACGUGGGAAUGAGGACGAUGAAAAGAAAGAGGAGGAAGUCAUUGUUAAACCAAAGAGGAAAGUUGGCAGACCACCAAAAAGCGCUUCUAAACCCAAUCCAGUAUUAACUGAUGACGAGGAUGAAGAAGAUCCAGAGUUAAUAGAAGCCAAGAUAGUUCUGCGUGAUUUAAACACCACAGAAAUUGCUCAAAGAGAUUUGGAGUUACUUGAUCAGUUCUAUUCUGAUUUUUGUGGACCAUUAGUGAGAUUAAGUCCACCACCGAGCGAGAAGGAUUACCAGUUUAAUCUUAGUGAAAACGAAGGUGUUUGUGAUUUAUUCGAUAUCGCGACGUAAUGAGAACACUGGGUUAGCGUAGUUUUUGAUUUACAAACUGGACUGUGCCAACAGCAUGCAAAAUUAAUCAGGAAUUCGGUAGAACUAUCAAAUUUAUGCAUACAAUUUUAAGAAAAUCUAUAGAUUGCAAUCAUUGAGAGUAUACAGUAUUUUUUUAUUAAAAAUAUGAAAAAGCAUACUGCAAUAUUGUAAAGGUAUCUGUUUGAAAACGUUCCAUUUUGGCUGUUAAUUUUGUACAGUGCUGAGAAUAAUGCAAAAUUUUAAAGACUUUUUUUAUAUACUUGCUAGAAAUCACCUUUGUAAAUCUGUAAUCGGAUCAUGCAAGCUUGCUUUAUGAAUAUGUACUGUACAUGAGUAUAUAAUUGUUUAUCGAAUUAUUUAAUAAACUAAGGAAAACGGGCUGUAAGAACAUAUAAUCAAAAAAAAAAAAAAAAAAAAA